AUGCCCUCCACCAUGCCUCCCCAGAACACAGAGGCUGACGCUACGCAGGUCGAAUCUCUGGUGGGCGGCGCAAAUGCCCAAAACUCCAAGGCAUCAGGUGCGGACGAGGAGAAAGGAGGAACAGGAGGCGAGACGGAUGGAUCGGGAGGUCGAGGAGGGGAGGAGUCAGUGAGCGAGACAUCGGUCGCACGCAUACCCUUAAAGAGAUGGGUGAUGCACGGUGCUGUGAUGUUCGGCCGGGAGUUCUGCUACGCUAUGGAGACGGCACUGGUGACACCUGUCCUGCUGCAAAUAGGUCUUCCAGAGCAGUACUACAGUCUGACGUGGUUCCUCAGCCCGGUCCUCGGCCUCAUUUUCACGCCGCUGAUCGGCUCUGCCAGUGACCGCUGCACUCUGCGAUGGGGCCGCCGGAGACCCUUCAUCCUGGUCCUCUGCAUCGGGACGCUGUUAGGAGUGGCUCUCUUUCUGAAUGGAUCACUGAUAGGUUUGUCAAUGGGUGACGAGCAGGGGAGACAACCAAUAGGAAUUGUUCUCACCGUGUUGGGGGUGGUGGUGUUGGACUUCAGUGCGGACGCAUCAGAGGGACCAAUCAGAGCGUACCUGCUAGAUGUGGCGGACUCCGACGAACAAGACAUGGCACUAAACAUCCAUGCUGCCUCAGCAGGUCUUGGGGGUGCGGUGGGAUACGCUCUCGGAGGUUGUGACUGGACGCACACUUUCCUUGGCGCAGCCUUCAAGUCUCAGGAGCAGAUCCUGUUCUUCUUCGCUGCCAUAUUCUUCUUCAUCUCUGUGAUGUUACAUCUGUUCAGCAUCGAGGAGCAGCAGUACUCGCCUCAACAAGACAGGAUGGACCAGGAGAGUGUUGAUCGCACCAAACCGCUCCCUUUGACCAAUGGCAGGAAUGGACUUCUUGCCCCCAAGCUGGAUUUAAUUGGAGAAAAUGAAACGAUAGACAGCUACGACCUCUAUGACCCCUACGGAGACAACCUAUCAGAGCAUGGAGAUAUGGACAUGGACUUCCUAGAGAUGGAGCUUGUGCGAAGUAAAAGUGACAGUGUCCUGGCCAUGGCAGACACCACUCUCGACCACCUGGACUACGAUGCGUUGUUCCUGUGCCACUUAGAGCCCUCCAUCUUCGCCGACCGCCUCUCCCCCCACCACGGCUCGCCCCCUACCGCUGGUAACUUCUUCAACUACAAUCGCACUCCACCGCCCCGCCUCGGCCACAUCAGACGCAGCAGCAGCGCAGGAAGUCAGGAUCUUCUCGAAGCCAACAAACACCAAACACACUCCAACACCCCAAGGAUUUCCCGCCUCUCGGCUUUCUUGCAGGAAAUGGAAAAUGACGAUGGUCAGGAGGCGUUGCUCAACAACCAGCUGAACGAGCAGCGGACACUGAACGGGCGGCUGUUAGCCAGCGUCAAUAAUCCUGAUAGAGCUAGCACCAACCAGCUGAGCUCUAAAGGACAGGCACAUCGCGCUGGAAUGGUCAAAGCUGCCAGUACUGGAGCCCCCAUGCGGCAUUCCCGUAACCGUCACAUCUUCUACCGCCAGCCGUCAUGCACCUUCUCCUACUACGGUCGAGUGGGGAGCCAACGCUACCGCCGGGCCAACGGCGCUUAUCUCAUCAAGCCGUCCCGCAGCAUGAACGACCUGUACGAGGUGGAGGCCAGACACAGGAGGAGGCACCGGCAGAGGAGGAAGCACCCCAGCGGAAACACCAACUCCUCCAGCGGGGACACAGAGAGCGAAGAGGGAGAGGUUGAGACCACCGUGCGGCUGCUCUGGAUGUCCAUGCUGAAGAUGCCUCCGGAGCUGCUGCGUCUGUGCGUCUGUCACCUGCUCACCUGGUUCUCCAUCAUCGCUGAGGCCGUCUUCUUCACUGACUUCAUGGGUCAAGUCAUCUACCAUGGAGAUCCUACCGCUCCUGUUAAUUCUACUCUGUUGGAGAACUAUAACAAAGGAGUUCAGAUGGGAUGCUGGGGACUGGUUAUUUAUGCCAUGACUGCUGCUACAUGUUCAGCUAUCCUUCAGAAGUACCUCGACAACUUUGACCUGAGCAUUAAAGUCAUCUACAUCAUGGGAACGCUUGCAUUUUCCAUAGGAACUGCUGUCAUGUCAAUCUUCCCUAAUGUGUAUGUUUCCAUGGUGAUGAUAAGCACCAUGGGUAUCAUCUCCAUGAGUAUAUCCUACUGUCCGUAUGCUCUUCUAGGACAGUAUCACGAAAUGAAAGAGUACAUCAGGCACAGUCCUGGGAACUCCCGGAGAGGCUUUGGCAUCGACUGUGCUAUCUUAUCCUGCCAGGUGUACAUCAGUCAGAUCCUAGUGGCCUCAGCUCUGGGUGCUGUCGUCGAGGCGGUUGGCAGCGUCCGUGUAAUUCCCAUGGUGGCCUCUGGGGGCUCCCUCCUCGGUUUCUUCACCGCCCUCUUCCUGGUAAUUUACCCAGCUCCAAACCAUGGGAAUGGGGAUUCAGCCAAAGCUUCGAAACGGUCCUUGGCAAAGCCGGAAAACCCCAACAGUGACGAACUGGCUGUUGCCGUUGUGACGGAGAAACCCAGCUUCCUAAAACUCAACAAGAAGGGCAAGGCCACCACCACCACUACUUCCUGUCACACGGAGAAUGAGUCUGCUCUGUGAUUGGUAGGCUCAAGUCGACGAUUCUGCAGAAACAACUAAAUUCACUUCACAAAUAAUCAUGGACGGCGGCUGGUGUGCAUUCGGUCCACUCUUGUUUUUCAGCUUUGACUGGCUUUUUUUCGAUUCUGUGUUUCUUUGGUGAAAAAAACUCAAUCUGACGUAGGGACCAGUGUCGCACCAGACCAACUCUCCCAACAAAAAAAACAUUUGGUCUCAGCGCUGUUUCAGCCAACGCAGAAAGUACUUCCACUGACAUUUGAGUGAUCCGUCAGUGUCAUCAAGAAACGACUUGUCCAUUGGUCAUGCUUUUAAGGAGAGGUUGUCUCUGUUUCUCAGGGCCUCUAGGAGGUGCUACUGAGCAGCCGCCUGGACAGGAAACUUCAGGGGAUUCACACACAUACACACACGCACACACGCACACACGCACAUACACUUCUUCAUCUGGGGUCAACACAAUCGAAUGAAGGAUGAACGCUGUUGAUGAACAUUACUCCUCGAGUCAUUCAAAAAUGCUGAAAAUUGUUCUUCCUCGCUGUCGAAUCUGCUUGAUCGGAUCUUUGCUAAGAAGAUGUCGACGAGAUCGACAAGUGUGUCUGCUGACGAAUUCACCAAAUUCAAUUACACACUUUACAGCACUCUGCGAUAGUAGCUUUAAGACUAAAGACUUUUGGAAGUGGCAUUUCUGAAACUAAGAGCCGGAAAGCCUGGUUCUUGGGGAACAUUUUGAUCUGGAUCAAGUCUAAGGCUACACUCCAGGCCAAAGUUGACAAAAGGCUCUGAUCAGAAGUUGUCACUAUAUUGAAGGUCAAGAAUACAGAUGUGUAUUGAGUGAAAUUCCACGAAAGAAAGAGCGUAAAUGCAAUAUGUGCAGUAUACAGGGCAUUACAAUCCCAAAUAUUAUUUUCCUGGUUUAUUGAGGGCCCAGAAUGCUGCUUCUGUUUUUUUGUUUGUACACUAGCCUACAUGCUGCAUGUUAGAAAAAUAAGAGACAGACUAAACACCAUAGAAGAAGACAGAUGUUGGGUUGUCCUCUCUCUUUCUUUCUCUACCUUCUUGCAUAUUAUUUUAGAAAAUGCAGUUGGCACAAUGUUUGUCACUAACUGCACAUUAUGAGCCAUUGUUUUGAAGAGUGUUCAACAGCACUCAGUUAGAAAAGCCUUGAUUUGAAAUCCUCUUGGUGUGAUGGAUUCAGUUGUCUGGGGACACGGUUGUUGUCAGGAAUGGGAUGAAAGAUUAUGGAAUGGAUCCUGGAUAUAUUGAAAGAAACUGAUAUAAAAUGUUGAAAAAAAUUAAAUAAAGCCCCUAGGGUUGAGAACUAGUAGCCUAUAUUAACAGGUUUAGGCUUGUUAAGUGAGCCUCGGUGGAGGACUUACAGUUCGCCUUACUCCUGAUUUAGUUGUCUUGGUUCCAUUGUACUGGGCUAAAUAAAGGUAUAAGAUAGUAUUUUUUAUGCUUAUUACAUGUGUGCUGUAUGCUAAUUGCAUAUUGAGAAGACGAUAGAGGAAUGAAAGGACUGUUUUCACUUUAACAAAUAUUUGAAAAUAUAUAGUAUACCAGAGUGGUAUUGACCAUAUACAUAUAUGUCCCACAAUGCCAAUCUACUCUUUUUAAUCUUUGAACCUAAGAUACAUUUGAAUUGUUACAAAUUUGGAAAUACAAAAUUAGUCGAUGGAGGCAGAUUUUUCAGAUGAUACAACUUUGCCUCCUAAAGAAAACAAAAGAAAAACAAGAAUAUUUGACCAAAUUACCAAAUAAAAACGUUCCCACUGAAAUCCAGUGAUCCCCUAAGUAGAAUAUAAAAUGUCUUGAACCAAAUGUCUAAAAUAGUUUUCUUUAAAGUGUCGUAGGAGCGUGCUUCAUUCUGCCUCAGAUGUUGAUAGUAGGUGAGGUAUUAAAACAGUUGUAAUGCUCUUAACAUUUUUUACACAGUGAUGAGACUAAUAGGCUUAACAUAAAACAUGUAUACACAAGUUGUAUAGAUUAAAAGUAAACUUGUAUUAAUACUGAAUGAUAACGAGUGUUAACCAAUACGGUUAUAUAAUCUUGGAAUAUUUUAAUAGCCUGCAAUAGAGGACUUUGAUAAGUUUAAGUAAGAAAUACUUAGUGUGAGAUUUAAGAUUUGAUUGUUUAUGUUUUCUGACAACUCUGAUUUUUUGUUGCAAUAACAGCCUCUGUUAAUCAGCUGGGGAGAGGACUGUGUGUGAGGGGAGUGCAGGCGGAGAGGGGCUGUUAUGGUGGUCAAAUCUGGGUGUUUUUACCCCUGUUAAGGUCAAAGGCUGUGGAUUUGGGUCAGUUUUCCUUUUAGCUAAAUCAGCGUAAACAUACAAAUGUAAAGAAAUUGAAAUGUUAAUUGCAGUGAGUUCAUUUUCUGAUUGAAGGAAGAUUAUUUUUGGGUGUAAUACAGCAUUUAACAGAACAUCUUAUUUUUAACUAAGGUUUUAGAAGAGGAUUCACUCACUUAUAAUAUGGUUGUUAUUUUUUCACUUGGAUGGGUGUUGGGCGCAGAGUUUUAACAGAAUAGAUUCCUUCCAUAAUUUCAGGUACAUUCAGUCAGUCCCGUAGUGGGGCAGAGAGAUGACCACCUCUUUGGUGCUGGGACGAAAAACGCAGGGAUAACAAAAGACAAGGAGGAGGUACAGAAGCAUUUUGGCUUCUGACAUAGGGCAAUAACAUAUUCUGGUAAACUAAUAUUCUAACACUUCUUCAGUUUAAUGACAAACGUGAAUAUAAAGAUUUGGGUUUAGGAGGUUUGCAUGUGAGAACAGCAAUAUGCAUGUGUAGAACACCAAAGUAUGACUGUAAAAAUCACUCGAGCUCUUGUCUUUAUUGUCCUAAUAGGCCAGGGAUGUAUUUACUAAUGCAUGGCUGGAUGUUUGUGUCUUUUAGUUUGAACUUAAACGUGCAAAGACCAACAUGCACUCUUUUACAGCUGAAGAAUUGUGCUCGGUCAGUCCACGCUCAACAAGCAUGUGACUUCCUAAAGUUUUUGCACAUGUAUGGGUGAAGUUUCAGGCGUCACGUGUCGUCAGGGGCAACACUCCUUGUUAAAAGUGUAAGUGAGAGACUCCAGGCCUCAAAUACUUGAAGUGCAACUUGAGUGUCUCUUUUCCAAUGCAGUGGGAAGUCUCUGAUUUUAGUUAUUUGGUUCUUAUUAUCCCAAGCCUUUUAUUUACCGCAGACUCUAGAAUGUUCAGACAGCAGCAUGGCCUGCUGGGAGAUUGAGUUCUUACCUUUGAUUCCAUCUUGUGACUUAAAUGUUAAAAAACAAAGUCAAUGAAUGUCAAGUGAUUUCAGCUGAAAUAAUUUUAGUUUUGAUGUUCAACAAGCCUGACAUUGCACAGUACUUGCACAUAAUAGGUAAAAAAAAAAGUGUUGCAAAAGGAAGAAAACAAAUAACUGUUGAUAUUUAUUUUUUUGAGCUUUCUUGUCUAUAAAGGACACUUUACAAUUGGUUUCCAAAAUACUAAAUUGUUCUAUAUUCUGUUACAGGUGUGCGUGUGUGUCUGUGUGUGUGUGAGAGAGAGUGAGAGAGAGUGAGAGUAGUCGUCUCAUAGCUGUUCACAUGUAAAGCUAGAACGUGUUAAAAUGUCAUCUCAGUGUUUGUUUUGGGUUCUUGUUCUCAGUACUUUGCAAUCACCUGGUUUACACUUAACUCUGGAAUCGAUGGCUGCAUCACCGAAAGGUUAUUUACGAGUCUUUACUGUCUCUGUUCUGGUGUUUUAACUCAAUUAGAAAAUGUCAUUGUUUUGUCUCUGUUAGAAUUUGAAGGCAGAGCCACACAUGAGAGUUUGGCCUUUGCACUUUUUUUCAGUGACAGCCAUGUUGGUUGGCUCCACCGUCCGGAUCACUGAAUGAAUGUGGAGACGUGGUGACGCUGUCAGUGGCAGCAGCGUGGUGGCCGAACAGUUAGUCCAACCUGGCCAGACUGUGUGUGUGUGUGUGUGUCUGUGUGUGUGUGUGUGACAGAGGAGAUAGAUGCCUAUACGUUGAUCCUCACAGAGAUUAAAUCAAGAAGAAUACUUAAAGAAUGGGAAAGUAUGCGCAGUAUACUACAGUAUAUAUAAUAUGCCUUGUUAUUUUAAAAAAAGAUGUAAAUAUACAUAUUUCUCUUUUAGGUUCUUCUUUUUUUGCUGCUAUAAAAAAGAUGAUUAUUUUUGUUAGUAGUUUUGUUUUCUAUAUAAAGACUGUAUAUAUCUCUAUGUUCUGUAAAUAUGCUUGAGCCUUCAUAAGUAGGACUCUGGAUGAACACUGUUUGGAACGCACCUUUAAAAUCUGUUCUGAAUUAAACCAACAAUGGCUCCUUU